AUGGUAAUCUUACGUGAUGUAAGAUCAGAAUUUUAUAAUGACAUUAUUGGGAAGCGAGUUCUUGUUUGCGUUUGUCCCGAUGUGGAUGGUCUGUGUACUUGGAAGAUUUUAAAGGAACUCUUCAGACAUCGGGAUGUACUUUACACGCUUGUGGUUGUCAAAGAUAAGAGUGAUCUCAAGGAGGCUUAUAUGACAAAUCAUGACUCUUUUCAGGUUGUGUUGCUAAUAAACUGUGGGGCGAAUUUCGAUAUCGUAGGCAACUUGAAUCCUUCGGAAGAGUGUAUUUUCUAUGUCUGUGAUAGUCACCGCCCGAUUCACGUAAACAAUUUUUAUAACCAGCGACAGGUCAAACUUAUGUGUCUAAAUGAGGAUACAUCGUUAGUGCCUAAAUUCGAAGAAGUUUUCCAGGAUUUCUCGAGCGGUGACUCGGAUGAGGAUUCUGAUGAGGAACAAAGCAAAAAGUUGAGACCUGAAGAUGUUGAAAAAAGGAUCGAAAAACGAAGAUGGAACAGAAGAAGACAGGAACUUCUUAUGGACUACGAAAGCUUCUCAUACUAUAGUGUCGCAUCUUCUGUUGUGAUGUUUGACCUAGCAUGGAAAUUAUCCCAGGAAAAUAAUUGUCUACUGUGGUACGGAAUAGUGGGUCAAACUUCUCAGCUUAUUACUCAUGCCAUAAAUCGCGAGCAUUAUAUUGAUCAACUAGAUUAUUUACAAAGCCACAUGAGUCGCUUGAGCCAUGUUGGUCAAAUCCACUCUGGAACAAGUACAAAUGAUGAAAAUAAGGCUAGAAUUGAAAUUAUGUUUGAAGAUGAGUUAGCCUUAUGGCUUUACAGGCAUUGGAGUUUAAAGGAAACUAUGGAAACCAGCAUGGUUACAGCGUCCAAAUUUAAACUUUUUACCGAAGGAGGACAACGACGUAUGUAUGAAUUCCUUGUACAGUUGGGACUUCCAAGACGUGAAUGUGCACAGUUAUAUUCCUCAAUGAAUAGUAAUCUGCGAGAUACUCUUAGUUCUCAGUUCUUACAGUAUGGUGAAAGAUAUGGCCUUUCACGAACAGAUCUAUUCUUGCCCUCAUUCAUUGUUCAUUUGGGGUAUAGAACGCCCAUGUCAGCGGUUGAUGCUGUAUUUCUAACUAUAUCUGCUUUGGAGUGUUAUAAUAGCGGUAGCCCAGAGGAAAACUUCCAAUCGGCUUUGGAUACAGUAGCGUGCUGGAGUUUACCUUCUUAG